AUAUACAGAAUUAUUUAAAAAUAAAAUGAAAAUUUCUACAAAUGUUAUUCGUCGAUGUGAUCCAUUGGAGAAUCACCAAAAAGGUAAAACAUAUGGUACAUUUGAAAAUCUCAGCUAUGCUUUUAUGAUAAGUGAACAAAGUUUUAAAUGGAAAUGUGGAAAAGGCUGUGAUAACAUUCCUCAAAAUUCAAGAUUAUGUAAAUUACAAGGUAAAAAUUGUUCUGUUGAUAAUCAUGAGUAUGAUGAUACUUGUCCUGGUUGGGCAUUUGGUUGUACUGACUCGUUGGCUGAUCAAGUUGAAGUUUGUCGAAGAGAUCCAGAUGAUCAAUCAAGUACAAAGCCUCAUUAUUGGUUUAAAAAUCUAGACAAUGGAUACACUUAUGGUGACACGUCUCGUCAAUGUGGUUCAACCGAAAUACUAGGAAUUAAAAGAACAUUUUGGCCUUUAAAUUAUGUUUGUAAAAUUUGUUUAUGUGGUUGUACGGAUAAUCGUAUUCACACUAAAACAAAUACAACUCGUGCUUUCAGUUUACUAUGGGUAGCAACUGGUGCACGACUUGUUGCACGUGAUCGAAUGAUUCACAUUCAGCUUCGAGAGGGAAAACUUUUGCCUUAUGGAAAAAUUGAUAAAAAAACUGAGAGAUGGAUACCACUUCCAAAAUUUGAGUAUGAUGAUAAUUUUCCAGUCACUGCAAUUUACUCAAAUGGAACGCGAUAUUCGUUGGAACAAUCAAUAGAUUUUGCUACAAUACAAUCAACUUACAUGGAUAGAAUAUGUUUACAAAAAUUGAUUUUUAAUGAAGGCCAAUUGUUGACUGGUGCUAAAUUCAAUGUUGAUUAUUUGGAUGAUGACUCAUCAAUAGGUUGCAUUGCACUUGAUGUUAAAUAUGGUAGCUUUGAAUAUCAACAUGGAAACAUUACUGCAAUCACAAAUUAUAAAAAACAAUUACCAAAACCAAAUGAAUUGAUUUUAAAUAAUCCAGAUGAUCCACUUAAAUUUAAAACACAUCCUUAUGAUUCUGAGGAAAAUAAAUUCAUUUAUAUUAAAGAAUCAGACAUGACAAAAGAUGCAUCACAAACAACUAUUCCAUUUUUUGAUCUUCUAGAUGUUACUACUGAUCCACAUGUACCACUUUCAGGAAUUGAAUUAUUUCAUAAAGGACAAGUUGAUGGUACAUCUGGUGGAUUUAUUUCAUUAAAAAUUUAUCCAUUAAAUUUAACAAUUCACAUGGAUCCAUAA